UCUAGGCUUACGUAACAGAAAUUCACGUGUACUCCAUGGCGCUAUCAUUGACGGAAUCUUUGCGGUAUAAAGGGCGCUUGUUCCAGGGGUUCCAGUUCAUUGCGAGUCUCAAUUAUAGACACAGUGGAGCAAGGUCUCGCGAAAAUCACAUAAGCACCCAACCAAUUCAGAGCUUUAAUUUCUCUUUUUCACAACAACAAAUGGGAAUGUCUGAGGGAGAUAGCCCAACUAGUCCGAGUCACAGAUCAGGCUCGGUGAUCCAGUUUUGCAGCAAGACCCGAGAUGCAGACUGUUCUAGUAUGGGGGAAAAAGACGACCACUCCAUGCAGAUAGAAUCUGAUGGCAAACCACGCUCAAGUCGGAGUUCAAGCAAGGAAACUAACGAGUACAAACCACUAGACGCAGCAAUAAAGGAAUUUUACAGUUCCCUUUCAGCGUCCUGGGAAGGCUACCGUAUCACUAGCUGCAAUUUCCAGCCACAAUGGCCAACCGGGAACCUUCCGCCUCGCCAGUCCAAUGGCCACUCAGAUAAACCCACUGAUGACAGCGAGUGUGAAGACCACGAGGCAAAGCGCGGUAAAUCAAACCACGAGACGGAGAACCAGGCAAAACGGCCAAGAAACGACGAAAAGUACACCCGGGCCGUGCCGGACAAGCCGGUCACUAAGUUAUACAAUUUGGACAGUGAUCAUAAAAUGUUGCAGGAUUGGAUGGUAGGGUUUGACCAGGGAAAGGGAUGCCUUUUGGAUAUUGCUUCAAUGCGCGCGUACUCAGCCCAAUCACCCAGUCUUGAAAGACAGCACGGAAAGAGUGAAUUAAAGACAGAGCCUCAUAGUCGAAGGCCAGCGGGUGAUCCAGGUAAAGGAAGUCUCAGUAAAGCCAUUGCGGAUGUUAAGACAGAGCAAUACCGCGAGAAACGACGAAAAAAUAACGCGUCCGCGAAACGUUCGCGAGAAGCGCGCAAAAUGCGCGAAAUCCACGCGCAGACUGCCGCGGCAUAUCUGCAAGAUGAGAACGCCAAGUUGCGUGCACUUGUCAACGUACUCAAAGAAGAGAAUGUGUACCUUCGGGAGAUAAUGCUCAGGUAAACGCCAAUCUGCAGAAAACAUGGUAUCGAAAAGGACGCAAAUCGCAUUGAAAUCUUGAUAUUUAGAGUUAAGAGUUUGUAUUAUUGAUAUUUAUAACGCUAAGUCAUUCGAGUAGAGACAUUGCUAAAUACGCCUGCACAUGAUAUAACUAUACUUUAGAGACGCUUCCAUAGAUUGGAAAAACUUUGAAACAACACGUCACGCAACGCCUCGACAUGGGCAACACAAGCGGCACAGUCACGCAAGAAUACGGAUAACGGUCUGGCCAUUUUACGAUCACUACACGGUCACGGUCUAUGAACACAUAAUGUGUCACGUCAAGUAUGGUCACGCAGUCACUGAGCAGACACGUCAAGGCAAAGAUGACUCGAUGAGCAAGUAAAAUUAUUUUUAAUUGGUAAAAUAUUCCUUUAUACGAAAACGCCUGAUUUAUAUUAUGAUAUCGAAAUGCUGAAAUAAAUAAAUAAAUAAAUAUAUCUAUAUUUGACAGUUUACAUUUGCAGUAUGCAAGACACACAAUUCGUAGCGGACUUUAAACUUGCUUUACUGACAUUAUAAAGGCAAAAUUGAAAUAAAGGAAGACUUAAACAAAA